AUGACAAAUAGUGGCGUUCGUAAGCGAACCUUUACGGGUUGCAUUACUUGCCGACAACGACGAUCAAAAUGUGAUGAGAAACGACCAGUUUGCAGCUCAUGUUCCACACUUGGGAUCAAGUGCCAGGGAUAUGAGCCGAAGCUGGUUUGGGUGACCGAUGGGAGGGAGUAUUCGCAAGAGAGACAGAGUCAUCGGGGAGCAGUUUAUCGAUAUCCCUUGUUCUCUGAAUCCCGUCGACAGGCUCUGGUGUCGAAGCUGACGAAGAGCCUGGGAAGGCAAAGCCUGACGAAAGCCAUCAAUGACGUGGAUGAGUGGGAUGGUCCUGAUGAAUCGGACAAUGCAGACUCCUCACUAACUCGCGGCCCAUUCAGUGUCUUUGCGAUGAGUCAAGAGGCUUGCUCAAAGAAUACACCAUCAUGCAGCUCUACUGUUGAGACCAGUUCAUCAGAAUCAGUUCAAUCUCAUGUCAACAAACCAGACGACAGUCACACUGCGGCAGAUGUGCGAUUAUUGCCUAGUCAUGAUUGGAAGCUUUCAUUCGAUCAGGACCUUGAGGGAUUGCUGGAUGAACACAUUGGUGGAACAAACGAUACAGCAUCGAUGCUCACACUCUCUCCUCAUAAAGCCUCGCUUGACUUCUACAACGCCGAUUUUGCGUCAAUGUUUCCGCCAGGUAGCCCAAAGCUAUUCAUGCAAGGACCUUCACCAGAACUAUGGGAUUACUAUUCGUCUAACUUGAGCGUUCCAUUCUCACCGUCCUCCCUGGCGCUGGACCAGGCGUCUGAUGUCGAUGGGCUACUUUCACAAAUGGAACCACUCCUCCGCCACUACAAAGAACGGGUCCUAGAACCAGCUGCAGAGAUACGGCAAUGGAGAAGAUCCCCUUGGCAAAUUCUCUUUUGGCCAUGCGCGCUAGAGACAUACGGGGAGAUGAAGCUGUGGAACACUGCACCGCAUGCUCGGUCAGCCGUGCUGCACGCCAUUCUGGCAAACAGCGCUUUCCAUUUACACACCACUGAGCAGUCAGACGGCAAAUGGCAUGAUUUCGGCAUGAAGUAUCAGAAUAAAGCCAAAAAGUUGCUCUUUCAAGCAUUGCAAGACGAGAUCUUGGGCGUGGCCAAGGCGAAAUACAAGGAACUUCUCAUGGCAAUAUUAAGCGUUGCCAUGGUCUCAUUGUUCGCCAAACCCGAAGCCUUCAAGGGAUAUCUUCUGGCUGCGGAAUACGUCAUUCGACACCGUGGACUGAACAAGCAGCAUUCCGUGAAAGCAAGGACCCUCCAGCACAUGUAUACUCACCUGCGCAUCUUGACUGAAGGCACAUGCACUUUUGCAGACUGUGUCAACGAGUUCGCUGGCUUGAACCACAACGCAGUAGCCCCGGCAGUACUUCCAAAGUUCGAGAUUGUUGACAAUUUGCACACAAACCAGCUCAAUCCAAGUGCAAGCGGACCUAGUCAUGAUAUCCACUUCAGAGCACAGAGACAACAUGAAGAUAUCCUCUACUCAUCCAUAUACGGAGUACCCGAAUCCCUCAUGGGCCUCUUAUCACGAAUAGUAGCAUGCGCCAACGAGAAAGACAAGGCCACGACAGGCUCGUCAGAAAAUGUGGCCAUUUCACCGUCCCUGCAGAAACACCUCCAAACGCUUGAACUUGAAAUGUGGUCAUGGAAUGUUCCAAUAGGACCUGUGAGACCUCAUUCCGGAGAACACACCCUGUACACCUUUGAGGAAAGAAACAGCACUGUCGAUACAACCCUAUCGCGUGCCAUGCAUCAAGCCGUCAUCAUCUACUUCUACAGAAGAGUAUACGACACCGACGCAAUGGUCCUUCAGGAGCAAGUCAGAAAAUGCCUCGACGACUUGGAACCUUGUAUGGGCCAGAAAGCCGGCGACCAGGACUUUGCAACUUCCAUUGCUUGGGCGACGUACAUUGCGGCUUGUGGUGCGGUUACGCCUGAUUUGCGACAACGGGCGCUGGGGUACUUGGACAAGAUUGAUAGUCAUGGCGUCAUGUUGACUCCGAAACCUGUCGCGCAGAUUUCUAGGUUUUGGCAGCGCAGGUUGGAAAGGGGGCUGUUUUCUCCGGGUGAGCACGGUAUUCCAGUGGGCACAGCUGCCUGA